GUAGCAGCGGGUCAUCAGGCGGACUGGCGCUGCUGCGAGUUCAAGCGCGGUCAUUUAUUAACUGUUUGUUACAUGUUUCGUUCGCUUGCCCUGUGCUGUGUGCUCUCGCACUGACUUGCACACACGCACACUACGCGAAUAUUAUUUCGUUUCGAUUGCGCUCGCGUUCGCGUGCGCCGAUUAUGUAGGUGUACGUGUUUCGUAUAGCUGUUUUUAAUUAUUUAAAAAAUAUUUCCAAUUAAAAACACUUAAUAACAAUACUGUAAUAACUUUAUAACUUACGAAAAUAUAAAAAACAUAGGCAAAAACUUAAAAACAAAAAAGAGUUACUUUCACCUUUCCAAAGAUUUGUUUCUCUAUAAUUUUGCUGUGGGAUCCACGGGUCGGAUCACUGUGAAUCGGGUGAAUCCUUCUGUCAAAUGUCAAAACCUAUUUUUGUUGAUUAUCACGGACUGCUUUUUGUUUUGAUUCAUAAUAUUAAAUUGUCAAUAAUACGUAAUUUAGUGAAUAAUAGUGUUAUUGAAAACGAAAUAUAAAAUCAGUGUAUAUUAGUGCGAAUUAAAAUAACUGGUGAAUUUGAUCAUUGUUUUGCGGUCAUAGUCAAGUGUGUCGUUUGUCUGUUGUUUCUUUUAAAUAAAAAAUAUAAAAUAAAAGUGUACGUGUUGUGUCUGUGAUCGUAAAAUUUCGGAUAAGGAACAAGUUUGUGGAUUUUAUAGAAGGCUAUGGUACUCGUGUCCUUGAGAUGAACAUCGAGGAGAGAUCUGUAUUAAAGUUUAAUAUUAUGCUCCACCACAUGUGAAGACUGUCACCAGGCCUCAUUCAACUUUUUUAUUAAAACCUUAAUGUAAUGGUGCGUAGAUAGGCAGUGCGAUGAAGUGGUGGGGCGAGGGCCUGGGGCGCGGUGCGUCGGCGCAGCUGUCGCGAGUGGCGCGCAUGCGCCGCGCCCUGCUGCUCCUGGCGGCGGCGGCGUGCACGGCCGCGGCGCUGCUGUACUGGCGCCAGCAGAGCGACGACCGCGCGCACCGACCGCUGCACGCUCUCUACGAAGGCGUGGAACCACAAUGGAGUUGGGUGUGUCGCAACCUGCGCUGCGAGCGGCUGCUGGCGACGGAGACCACGACGCUGCAGUCGCUGCCCACCUGCAACAUGCUGUGCGACUCCACGCAGCUGUGGCCGCAGCCCACGGGGGCAGUCAGCCUCGCUACCGCAGUGCAGCCUGUACGUGCCGAAGGAUUCAAGCUCCAAAUAGUGACGUCACCUUCCCGCGACGUCUCCGACCAUCUCGCUGACGCCUUCGAGCUAAUGAAGGAGGACAUGCGCACGUUGGAGCGCAGCGCCGGUUCCGAGCGCCGCCCCGCCGACUACGGGCUGCCUCGCAACGUGCUCGUGCGCGUCGCCAUCAAUGGCAGCGCCGACCCGCGCAUGCGCCUCGACACAGAUGAGAGUUACAAACUGACACUGCGGCCCUCCAGGAAGUCUCUCGUAGCAGACAUCACCGCUCACUCGUUCUGUGGCGCGCGGCACGGCCUCGAGACUCUCUCGCAAAUUGUAUGGAUGGACCCUUACGCGGGCUGCUUGCUCAUACUAGAGGCAGCUACUGUAGUCGACGCACCACGGUUCCCAUAUCGCGGACUUCUCCUUGACACAGCGCGAAACUUUUUCCCGACUGGGGAGAUACUACGGACAAUAGACGCCAUGGCUGCGUCUAAAAUGAACACGUUCCACUGGCACGUGAGUGACUCGCAGUCGUUCCCGCUGCGGCUGGACAGCGCGCCGCAGCUGGCGCAGCACGGCGCGUACGGCCCCGGCGCCGUGUACACCUCCGACGACGUGAAGACCAUCGUGCGGCACGCCAAGCUGCGCGGCAUCCGCGUGCUGCUGGAGGUGGACGCGCCCGCGCACGUCGGCCGCGCCUGGGGCUGGGGGCCCAGCGCUGGGCUCGGCCACCUCGCGCACUGCGUCGAGCUCGAGCCUUGGAGCGCGUAUUGCGGGGAGCCGCCCUGUGGACAGCUCAACCCGAGGAACCCGCACGUGUACGAUCUACUGCAACGCAUCUAUGCUGAGAUUCUCGCGCUCACGGAGGUCGACGAUGUGUUCCACUUAGGAGGAGACGAAGUGUCGGAACGAUGCUGGGCGCAGCACUUCAACGACACCGACCCAAUGGAUUUAUGGCUAGAGUUCACGCGACGUGCUUUGCACGCGUUGGAGCGCGCCAACGGCGGCAAGCUGCCGGAGCUAGUGUUACUGUGGUCGUCGCGGCUGACUCGCUCGCCGUACCUGGAGCGGCUGGACUCGCGGCACCUGGGCGUGCAGGUGUGGGGCUCCUCGCGGUGGCCGGAGUCGCGCGCGGUGCUGGACGCCGGGUUCCGGUCGGUGCUGUCGCACGUGGACGCGUGGUACCUGGACUGCGGGUUCGGCUCGUGGCGCGACAGCUCGGACGGGCACUGCGGGCCCUACCGCUCCUGGCAGCAGGUGUACGAGCACCGGCCGUGGACGGAGGAGGGCGGCGGCGCGGCGGCGUGGCGCGUGGAGGGCGGCGCGGCCUGCCAGUGGACGGAGCAGCUGGCGGCGGGCGGGCUGGACGCGCGCGUGUGGCCCCGCGCGGCCGCGCUGGCGGAGCGCCUGUGGUCGGACCGCGCGGAGGGCGCGCUGCCCGACGUGUACCUGCGGCUGGACACGCAGCGCGCGCGGCUGCUGGCGCGCGGCGUGCGCGCGGCGCCGCUGUGGCCGCGGUGGUGCUCGCACAACCCGCACGCCUGCCUGUAGGCGCCGCCGGGUGGCCACGCUUUGUGUUAUCGUUUCCGUUACAAUAUUGUGUUCCCGAGUUAGACCACUGCCCUCGAGUUACAAGUAUUCGUUUACUGUAUCCGUACUCAGUAGUUACAUAACAAAACGGUUACAUAGCUAGGCGGAUGACGUGUGUGAUAAGAAACUAUAACUUAUUGAACUGUUCCAAUAUGAAUGCACAGCGAGUGGUAACGUGACCGCGGAUACAGACUGUUACCAAGUGGACUUGAUAUAAUAUACUAGGUAUGUGUAAUGAUGACUAACAUAAAUCGCAUUUUAUGAAAUGUUGAGCUUUCUCUUUUAAUAUUAUUAAAUAUAUAAACGUUGCUUUGUUUCUGUAAUCAAUCGUUUUAUGAUAAUGUUGUUUCCAAUUGUAUCUUGAAGUCAACUAUUAAAUUAAAUUUGUAAUUAUUGGUAAGUUUAGUUUAGGUCAAAGCACAUUUAACAAGCACGGCUCCGGCUCGGAUCCGGCAGGCUUGUGACUACCGCUAGUUGCCCGCGUGCUUACAGUGCGCCGCCCGCGAGGUGCAAGCUUGCAGUCGGCGCGCCGACAGAUACAUAAAUGUCAAUUUAAUUGCUGGGUUGGAGCGGUACGUGUUAUGUGUGUUAUGUCGUUUAGGAAUUAGGAUUGGUUUGGUCGGGUCGGCAGUGAGAUUGUCUGUACCUCGGCUUACUCGACUUGACGCACGACUUUAACACCGUAACAAAUAUUGUGGAAGGGUUGUAAUGAGGAUAGAAUUAUCUAAUACAGUAAGUACUGAGAGAAAUAAUUUAGCUUUGUAAACUAAAUGACUAGCUGACCCGAGUAGGUGUACAAAUUGGGUAGUUUCCUCAGUCAAAUAUAAAUUAUUUCGACGUUUCAAUACAAGAAAAAUUUCAAAAAUAAUCACAUUUGCAUUCAUAGAUUUAAUUAUCUAUUUAAUAUUGGAAAUUUUCUAGAAAUAAGUCUGCAAUUUGACUUAAAAAUAUGAUGACGUCAUAGUGCACUAUUAGAACAAAAUUCAUAGAAAAUAUCGUUUUUGACGUUUCGAAAAAAGUAUAAAAUUUUGACUAGUAGGAAACUAGCCAAUUACCCAUGACGUUGAAUGUACUAUAAUUUUGACUUAGCGUGAUUAUUAACUUGCCGUGAAUAAAUCAAUGAGUUGAAUUCUUGUAAGAAAUUAUACAUAUGUAUUGCCAUUUACAUUUUCUUGUAAGAAAUUAUACAGUUGUGUUGUUGUUUACAUUUAAAAUGGUUUGUAGAGAUGCACGCUCUUUUUCUCAGAUAAUAGACGAACUCAGAUUCCGUGCAGCUAUUUAUUAUUUUGUUACUAAGAUACCCAAGAAUUUCCACACCGAAGUAUCGAACUUAGACCAAUAGAACCUGCACACAAGGCAAGUCAAACUAAAAUACCUAAAUGGUUCUUUCUUGUUAAUCACAAUAUGUGUUCUAUUUAUUUAUAAAAAGAAAUCUAUUAUCUUAUGGAUUUUUGUUAGAAGACAUAUUUAAAAAGUAUAUUAUAUUCUUGAAAACAGUGCCCUUAGUAUAAGUUUGCUUUUCGUUUAAAGUAAUCGAAACGAGAGCAUGUUCGGCUCUGAUUGGUUGGUUCAUUUGCGCCGGCCAAUCAAAGCGCCGAACGCGCUCUCGUUUCGUUUUCGUUCAACGUAAAGCAAACUUAUACUAAGGGUACAGUUAGUAACUCGGACUCGACUACAAAUCCAAGUAACUUCAUGUCAAAAACACAUAACUUACAUUUACCCAACCAUAAGAUAUUAAGUACUGAUUGUUAUACUAAGUUGGUAGAUACAUAGGAAAAUGAAAUAUUAUGUAUGUUCGUUUGUGUUAAAUGUGUGCGUUUAAUGAUAACUUGAUAAUGUUUUAGUUUGUAAGUAAACUAUGAAAUAUUAACUUAAUUCAGUGACCUAUCAUGUUUUAUAUAAAUAUUAUGUAUAAAAUUUAUUUUGAUUAUUAAUGAGUGUAUCAGAAGGCUUAGUGCGAGUUUGUUUUACGUUUAACGAGAGCGCGUUCGGCGUUCUGAUUGGUUGAUUUAUUCGCACCGGCCAAUCAGAGCACCGAACGCGUUUUUCGUUUUCGUUCAACGUAAAACAAACUCGUACUAAGUAUACUAUUUGAUAAAAAAUAAAAAUUAUCUUACACAACCAAUACUUUGUUAAAGGGGGCUGAAUAGAGACAGAACUUUAAAGUAAAGAUUUUUUACAUAAGCACGCCAAGCUACCCCAAAUGUGCAAUAGAUUUUCGACUUUAAUCAUAAAACAGUAGUCUGUGACUGAUGUGACUAUCCCGCACAACUUGCAUAAGUGUAAGCGAGGUUAAAAAAGACUUAAUAUGACAGUUCACAAGUUUGUUAUGACCCGAUUAUAACGUGGCGACUUGUUGAUGACUUCACUCUCUAUUCCCUCUGUUUUACAAAGUAUUAAUAUCAACAUAUUUUAUUUAAAUCUUUAUAUGUACAUUCAAGUGUUAUAAUUUAUAAUACAUACAUAUAUAAUUACUACCGCACUCAGAGACAUUUAAUGAUUACCUAAACUAUGCCUUAGUAACGAUUUUGUAUCGAAAACAAUUCCUAAGAACUACCCAGACUUUAAGUAAACAUUAAAUGACUCUCGAGUGCGGCGGUUAGUGUUUUUGCCCGACACUCCAUAGUCUAUAAUGUAAGAUAUGACUGCAUAUAAUAUCAUCUCUUUCUUUAUUCUGUGUGCUAGCUUGUCGUCUCACUCACACAUUUGAAUGUUUAAUUUCGAAAAGAAAAAAUGUACCUAAAAGUUAAUUGAGAUUUGUAAUAUUGUUGUAGAUAGAAGACAUUUACCUAAUAAAUUACCUAAACAUUAGAACAUUAUUGGACCGACAUUGAUAAUGGCAAGAGUCAAUAAUUAUUUUAUGAUUUUUUUAAAGAUAUUCAACCUUAUGGUUUUGGAAAUAAAGUUACAUUACACACAGGUUUACGACCGAUUUCUGCCGUUAUUAUUGUCGAGAAUACCACUCCUGGAUUUAUGAAAACAUAGUGAUAUUAUUUUUAAUAUAUUUUUGUAUGUUUUUGUCAUAAUUUUAAACCAAUCAGUUUUUGAGAAUUCUGUUCAUACAAGCUGAUGCCAAUCGCAUCAGAUUACAUACAAUACCUAAGUACGUUUACACAAAAAAAUAUUAUUUUUAUAUUAUUUUAAAACAGCAGAUUAUUUAAUUUACUACUUAUUGAGAUUUUUGUAAAUACUUAAAUCAAUUAUUUUGUAUAUUACGAUUUAUAUUUAUGAUUUUAUUUAUUUUUUAAUUUAAAUUAAAUAUAUUAUUAUGACCUUAGUUAUGUUGAAUGAAUUGUUCAGAUUGACUCGUUUGCAUCCUGCAUGACUAGAAACUUAUUAAACUCUAGUGUGAAGGGAGAUGAUUAAUUAAUUUAUAUUAAUUCUAUAAAAUUCACACUGAAAGACCAGCAGCCGCAAUUCUUGCGAGACUUAUCCAAGAAAUAGUGUUUUUUUCUAUUAACCCUUUAUCCGCCAUUUAAAUAUCAAUUACCGUGGCCUUAGCACGCAGCUACAAAAUAAAGAAAAUAUAUCUACACUAAAUACGGAGGAGCAAUCAUGUGAAUAGAUACGACAUGAAAGGUAGAGACAUAAAAAUUCGUGUUACCUAUAUGCGACACAGGCGAGUUAAAGGGUUAAUAACUGCCAUUUCAAAGUAACUGUCAAUAAAGUAAGUUUGCGACGUAAUAAUGAAAGUUAACUUUGUAAUAGUAUAUGACGCAAUACGUUGAUGAGCUAGGUUUCAUUCCCCCGAUGAAUGUGAUGCGUAAACUGGCACAAUUUUGUACAUUUUGUAUGUAAUAUUUGGUGCUAUAGUGAUUUUCGUGGUGUACUUCUAUGAAUUAAACAAAAUGAAAUGUA